UUGAAGAGACAACUCUGACAACCCGGACUGAUUUGCGAGUACCUGUGCAUAGCUUGGUAUGAAAAAACAAAUGAAAAAAGCAGCCAUCAGCCGUCAACCGUCAGCCGCAUUCCGAAUUUUUUGCAACACCCGGCCGUUUUCAUUUUCGUUCUCUGUUUUUCCCGCGCGUGUAGACUUAACGUUGAAAUUUGGAAAUACCUAAAAUUGCAGUCUGCCGCGAUCGCCGCAAGAAGUUGUUUGUCAUUUCAAAAUAUCUACUUGAAGUAAAUUAUCAAUAAACCACUCCGAUAUAUAAAAUAAACAUUUACCAAAAUUACUGAUUGUUGCCGCGUCAACUUCAGUUUUUCUUAUUACGAAGGAGGCAAAAAUUUAAAGUAUUAAUCCGAGAUUUUGUUUUGUGAAGGCUACAGGGCAUUACAAAUAUUUCACCUAUUAGCAAAUAAACAAUAAAUAAAUAUUCUAUAAAAAUGCCGCGCAUCGCAGUACGUAGAAAGGCCACUACACCAAUUGGCAACAAUAACAAUGAAGAAUUAGAUGUUCCAAAACGCAAACUACAGCGCACCGCUUACCAAUUGCCAUUGCCAGAGAGACCACACGUGGUAGGACGUGCUUUGGUAUGCGGACAAGGUGAUAUGGGCCAGUUAGGCCUAGGCGAUGAUGAAGCGAAAUUUGAGCGCAAAAGACCGGCUCUGGUAGAUGCUAUAGAAGACGUAGUUGAUGUUCGAGCUGGCGGUAUGCAUAACCUUGUAUUGACACUGGAUGGCACUGUUUACUCUUUCGGCUGUAAUGACGAAGGUGCAUUGGGACGUGAUAGCAGUGAGGAUGGUUCAGAAUUUGAACCUCAUCCCAUUGAAUUGCCAGGAAAAGUUCUAAAAAUAUCAACGGGUGAUUCACAUUCGGCCAGUUUGUUGGAAGAUGGACGCGUUUUUGCAUGGGGUUCUUUCCGCGACUCUCAUGGAAAUAUGGGUCUGACGUUAGAAGGAAAUAAAAGACUUCCAAUUAAUGUUUUACCUGAUAUGGUAUGCUGCGACAUUGCCUCCGGUGCAGAUCACUUAGUUAUACUUACAUGCAGCGGAAAAGUAUUCACCGUAGGUUGUGCUGAACAAGGUCAAUUGGGACGUGUGUCAUUGCGGUCGGCGACUGGAGAAAGUCGUCGUGGUAAAACAGAAUUGCUUCGUCCAGGUGAAGUCAUUAUCAAGCGUGGCAAACCCGUCGAAGCCAUUUGGGCCACCAAUUACUGUACAUUUUUGCGCGAGUCACAAACGGGUAAAAUUUGGGCUUUCGGACUGAACAAUUACAAGCAGCUGGCUUAUGCCAAAGACCUUGCAACUAUUAUAAAUCCAGUAGACACAAAAUUCGAGAACAUUAAACAAAUAGCUGGUGGACAGCAUCACACAUUAGUACUUAAAAAUGAUGGCUCCUGCUAUUCCAUUGGACGCAGUGACUACGGUCGGCUUGGAUUGGGAACUGUAGAUGGAGAUAUAACAGAACUACAACCAGUUAAGGGAUUGUCUGAUAAAUUCGUGGUGUGUGUGUCAUGCGGUGAAGCGCAAUCGUUUGCGCUAACUGAUGACGGUAAACUGUUUUCAUGGGGCAUGGGUUCAAAUUACCAAUUGGGUACGGGGUCGGAUGACGACGCAUUAGAGCCCGUACAAAUCAUUAGUAAACAAACGGAAGGCAAACGUAUCAUACGUGUAUCCAGUGGAGGACAACACAGCAUAUUUCUGGUAGAAAACGAAAUACAGCCAGCUAAAACAGAUAAAAAUAGCAAAGCAAAUCUGACCAAGAAGGCAUCAGCAACGACAGCUGUUAAAGAGAAGGAAACUAAGCAAAAAUCAACCGUAGAGGAACCACAAACAGCAGAUUCGAGCGAAGCUGCGGAAACAAAUGGCGACGUUCAAAUGGAAGAUGCGAAGGAUGAAACAACUAAGGAAGCGGAGCAAAAGGAGACCGCCGCAAACAAUGAGAAUGCGAAAGGUGCUGCAAAGCGUGGACGUAAGAAGAAAUAAGGAUAUAUUGAAAAAAAGACUCCCAAGAAUACAAAUCAUUAAUGAGUAAUGUGUUCUUGUAUAUUUUUUGUUUAAUUACUAUUAUUCCGUCUGUUGACUGUUAAUAAAAUAGAAGGUAAAUUAAUUAGUUAUUGACUAGAGCGCACACACACACAAACGAACUAGUGUGCUACUCUACAUUAUUGUUUUUAAAUCGGUAUAUAAAUUAAUUGAUUCUCUAUACAAUUAUGCAACUGAACAUAAUAUAUUUCGAAGAACAAUAUGUACUUUUUGUACUAUACGUACAUCUCAUAUGUAGUUCAUUUGGGAUUCUUAAUAAAGCAUGAAUAAAAUAAAUUGAGGAAUUAGUA